AUGCGGCGGGUCAGCGUGAGGCUGCCGAGCGGCCAGCUGCGGCCGGUGCAGCUGGAGAAGGAGAAGCCGCUUCAGGAGCAGCUCGAGAAGAUCUGCCGGCUGAACAACGUGAGCUACGAUGAGGAUGAGAACUUUAAAGUCCUCGUCGUGAAGUGCUGGCUGGCCGGCCUGGAGUUCCGGGUGGUCUUGGGCAGCGAAUCCGACUUCGAAGCCCUGCCGAGGAGAACCACGUACCACCUCUGCCAUGGUAACGAGGUCGCCAAGCUGCAGCUGCAGCACAUCGCCGAGGCGGAGGACUUCCGCAUGCUGCGAGUGACGCUGCAGGUGCUGCUGCAGUCCAUCAAGGACAAUGCCAGCUUUGCGGAAGAAGUGAUCAACCAGAGGGGCAUCGAGCAGCUGUUGGAGGCGCUCUGCGUGUGGACGCCGUCGGAGGACUCGGAGCUGAGCCCAGCGCCCAACGAGGGCGAGGUCUGGGAGCUCUGCGCGCUGGCGGUGGCGGAGCUGCUGCACUACGAACUCGCAGAGAAGGUGUGCCAGGAGAACGAGAGCGAGAUCUUUCGCCAGGAGGGAUUUUCGAGGUCUUGGUGCGCUUGA